CGAGGGGAGGAAUCCAAUUCUUCCAAGCCAGACCGCGCGAGCACGGCACUGACCACUGAGCAUCAUAUCGAGCAGGAAAGAGAGACAAGGAAAGAAAGAGGUCGAGAAAGAAGCAGAGGAGCGGCUGCGGCGAUCGAGCAUGGCGGAGGGCACGGCCAACUGCCUCGACAUCCUGAUCGCCAUCCUCCUGCCGCCUCUGGGGGUGUUCCUCAAGCACGGGUGCGGGCACGAGUUCUGGAUCUGCCUCCUCCUCACCUUCCUCGGCUACAUCCCGGGCAUCAUCUACGCCAUCUACGCCAUCACCAAGUAGUAGAGUAUCGUCUUCUGUCUAUGCCAGUGGGAUAGAUCAUGAAUCCGCCGCACUAGUUCCUGUGUGUUCGUGCCACGAUAGAUGUAGUAGUGCUCCUUUCUUGUUACCCCCGGCACGCUCUUGUAUUUACCCGUGGUUCCUUGGUUGAUCUUGGUUCCAGUGCUGAUUUCGCUGUUCAUCAUGUCUGUGCUUUUGCUGUUGAGGAUUUGAGGUGUGCUACCGUGUUCUCUCUAGCUGAUGGGUCGCUGCAAUCGAUCAAGGUUACUAAGAAUUUUAUAUAUAUUGUCAUCGCGCUUGCUGCA